GGGACAGGUGGCUUCUGGGUAGCUGAGUCCUCUGCGCGUGGAUGUCAGGGGGAGGAGAGAGACUUCAGACUCGGCCAGUGUGUGUUGGCGUGUAGAUGUGAGCGCACGGCGAAGAAUUUCAGCCGCUGGAGAGGACUUUUCUCUGCGAGUUAAACUACGCGUGUGUGUGUGUGUGUGUGUGUGUGUGUGUGUGUGCGUGUGUGUGUGUGGAGAACGCCAACAACGGGCACGAGACGCGGGAGGAGGACACAUGCGAAAAUGCGAGAAGAAGUCCAGGAAGAGAGCGUCUGCUUAUUAAAGAUUCAGCGCGGGAGAGCAGACAUUAUUAUCGGCUUGUGGCAGCACUGAGGAGGAGGAGGAGGAGGAGGAGGAGGAGGAGGAAGCCACACCGCCAGCGGGCUCCGGGCUCCGUCGAAUGGGGGGAAACGAAGCGGAAUUCACUCCUAAAGAGCGAGUCCCGUAAGCGUUUCCAAGCGGCCCAAAACCCCCCAAAAAAGAAGAAGAAGAAGAAGAAGAAGAAAAAAAAGAAGCCCUUUGGGGAAGGGGAGGAGAGGGGGCCAGAGAAAACGCCCUGCUGCUUGUUGCUGUUUCUCCACAUUCAAACUUUAUCGGCGAGUUGGGGGAAGAAAACCAAAAUGCAUCGUUCACUCAACGGGAGGUGAUUAAUUCAAGUGUCACGCUCUCCGCCGCUAGCCGACCGACACACACGGCUAGCUAACCGAGAGGAGGUGGAGGAGCGCCGCUGCAGCCAUGUCGCUCGGCGCGGAGAGGAGGAUGGAAGCCCGGCUGAAGAAGCUGGAGGACAUGAUCCGAGAACCACGGUCUGCCAUAAACCUGGAAAGUUUGCUGGACUCCCUCAACGCCCUGGUCUUGGACUUGGACUACCCCUCACUACGCAAGAACAAAAACAUCGAGACCUUCUUAAACAGAUAUGAGGCAGUCAUAAGACAGACUCGAGACCUCCAGAUGAAGUCUGAAGACUUUGACAGAGUUAAAGUCAUCGGUCGAGGGGCCUUUGGUGAAGUUCAACUAGUCCGGCACAAAGCCUCUCAGAAGGUCUACGCCAUGAAGGUGCUGAGCAAGUUUGAGAUGAUCAAGCGCUCGGACUCCGCCUUCUUCUGGGAAGAGAGGGACAUCAUGGCCUUCGCAAACAGCCCCUGGGUCGUGCAGUUGUGCUGUGCCUUCCAAGACGAGCACUACCUCUACAUGGUGAUGGAGUACAUGCCAGGAGGCGAUCUGGUCAACCUCACCAGCACCUACGACGUGCCGGAGAAGUGGGCCAAGUUCUACACUGCGGAGGUGGUGAUGGCCCUGGAUGCCAUUCACUCCAUGGGCUUCAUCCAUCGGGACGUGAAGCCCGACAAUAUGCUGCUGGACCGACUCGGGCACCUCAAGCUGGCCGACUUCGGCACGUGCAUGAAGAUGAACUCGGCCGGCAUGGUGCACUGUGACACGGCUGUCGGGACCCCGGACUACAUCUCUCCUGAGGUGCUGAAAUCCCAGGGAGGAGACGGGUAUUAUGGGAGAGAGUGCGACUGGUGGUCUGUAGGGGUCUUCAUCUUCGAGAUGCUUGUUGGUGACACGCCCUUCUACGCCGACUCUCUGGUGGGAACCUACAGCAAGAUCAUGGACCACAAGAACUCCCUUAACUUCCCCGACGAUGUGGAGAUCUCCAAAGAUGCCAAGAAUAUCAUCUGUGCCUUCCUGACAGACAGGGAGGUGCGAUUGGGCAGAAACGGCGUGGAGGAAAUCAAGCGGCACCCUUUCUUCAAGAACGACCAGUGGACCUUCGACACCAUCAGAGACACGGUCGCCCCUGUGGUCCCAGAGCUGAGCAGUGACAUAGACACCAGCAAUUUCGACGAGAUUGAAGAUGACAAGGGCGACGUGGAAACGUUCCCCACUCCUAAGGCCUAUGUCGGAAACCAGCUACCCUUUGUUGGCUUCACCUACUUCAAAGAAGACCAGUUAUUAAAUUCUUCCAACAAUGUCUUGGUGACUCACGACAAUUCGAAAGGAGAGUCGGCAGCACUGCAGAAGAAACUGUGUCACCUGGAGGUGCAGCUGAACAAUGAGAAGCAGGUCAAAGGCGAUCUGGAGCACAAACACAGAGCUGCCACUAGCCGUCUGGACAAAAUCUCCAAAGAGCUUGAGGAAGAGGUGAGCGGCAGGAAGAACCUGGAGUCGACCCUGAGGCAGCUGGAGAGAGAGAAAGCCCUCCUGCAGCACAAGAGCCUGGAGAGCAACCGCAAGGCCGAGAGCGAGGCCGACCGGAAGCGCUGCCUCGAGAAUGAAGUCAACAGCCUUCGAGACCAGCUGGACGACACGAAGAGGAGAAACCAGAAUUCACACAUUUCCAAUGAGACGAACCUUCACCUGCAGAAACAGCUGGAGGAAGCCAACGCGUCUCUGCGGGCCGAGUCGGAGGCGGCGACUAGGCUUCGUAAAACCCAGACGGAGAGCAGCAAGCAGCUGCAGCAGCUGGAGGCCAACGUGCGCGAGCUGCAGGACAAAUGCUGCCUGCUGGAGCGCAGCAAGCUGAGCCUGGAGAAGGAGGGCAUCAGCCUGCAGGCUGCGCUGGAGGCUGAGAGGAGGGAGCACAGCCUGGGCUCGGAGACCAUCAGCGACCUGAUGGGACGCAUCUCUGGCCUGGAGGAGGAGGCCCGUCAGCAGAGACAGACUCUGUCCAAAACUGAGGCUGAGAAGAGGCAGCUUCAGGAAAAACACACCGAUCUGGAGAAGGAGAAGAGCAACAAGGAGAUUGAUUUGACCUACAAGCUGAAGGUGCUGCAGCAGGAGCUGGAGCAGGAGGAGGCCUCUCACAAGGCAACCAGGGCGCUGCUGGCAGACAAGAGCAAGAUCAAAGUGACCAUCGAGGGCGCCAAGUCGGAGUCCAUGAAGGAGAUGGAUCAAAAGCUGGCGGAGGAGCGGGUGGCCAAGCUCAGACUGGAGAACCGAAUCCUGGAUCUGGAGAAGCAUAGCAGCAUGAUGGACUGCGACUAUAAACAGGCCCUGCAGAAACUAGAUGAGCUGCGCAGACACAAAGACCGACUAACCGAGGAGGUGAAGAACCUGACGCUGAAGAUCGAGCAGGAGACCCAGAAGCGAAACCUGACCCAGAAUGACCUGAAGGCCCAGAACCAGCAGCUCAAUUCCCUGCGAACCUCCGAGAAGCAGCUGAAGCAGGAAGCGAAUCACCUGCUUGACAUCAAACGCAGCCUGGAGAAACAGAACCAGGAGCUACGCAAAGAAAGACAGGACACAGACGGACAAAUGAAGGAGCUCCAGGACCAGUUGGAAGCCGAACAGUAUUUCUCUACGCUGUACAAGACCCAGGUCCGUGAACUAAAGGAGGAGUGCGAGGAGAGGAACAAACUGUACAAAGACGGGCAGCAGACUCUGCAGGAGCUGCAGGAGGAGAGGGAUUCUCUGGCGGCUCAACUCGAGAUCACGCUGACGAAGGCCGACUCGGAGCAGCUGGCGCGCUCCAUCGCCGAGGAGCAGUACUCGGACCUGGAGAAGGAGAAGAUAAUGAAGGAGCUGGAGCUGAAGGAGAUGAUGGCCCGCCAUCGCCAGGAGCUGUCUGAGAAGGACAUCACCAUCUACUCGCUGGAGGAAGCCAAUAGGACCCUGACCAGUGACGUCGCCAACCUAGCCAAUGAGAAGGAGGAGCUGAACAACAAACUGAAGGAGGCAAUAGAAGAAUCAGAAAAGUCAAAGGAUUGGGAGCAGCAGAUCAGCCAGAUGAAGCAGGCCUUUGAGAAGCAGCUCCAGUCGGAGAGGACACUGAAAACUCAGGCCGUCAACAAGCUGGCAGAGAUCAUGAACAGGAAGGAGCUCCGCGGCGUAGGCAGUCGCCGCGGUAACGACACCGACAUGCGGCGGAAGGAGAAGGAGAACAGGAAGCUGCAGUUAGAGCUGAGGUCGGAGAAGGAAAAGCUCAACAGCAGCAUCAUCAAAUACCAGCGGGAGAUCAACGAGAUGCAGGCGCAACUGUCUGAUGAGAGUCAAAUGCGCAUUGAGCUGCAGAUGGCCCUGGACAGCAAGGACAGCGACAUCGAGCAGCUGAGGAACCUCCUGCAGUCGCUCAGUGUUCAAUCAAUGGAUUCGGCCAGCGUCAGCAGCGGGCCGGAGUUCGAUACCGAUGACGCAUACACAGAAAUCAGACUGGAGGGCUGGCUCUCCCUCCCUGUAAGAAACAACACCAAGAAGUUUGGAUGGGAGAAAAAGUACGUUGUCGUGAGCAGCAAGAAGAUCCUCUUCUACAACAACGAGCUGGACAAAGAGCACUCCAUUCCCUACAUGGUGCUGGAUAUAGACAAACUCUUCCACGUGAGGCCCGUCACUCAAACGGACGUGUACCGCGCCGACGCCAAAGAGAUUCCCAGGAUAUUCCAGAUUCUUUACGCCAACGAAGGCGAGAGCAAAAAGGAGCCCGAGUUUCCUGUGGACCCGCUGCCCAUCGGAGAGAAGUCCAGCUACAUCUGCCACAAGGGCCACGAGUUCAUCCCCACGCUCUACCACUUCCCCGCCAACUGCGAGGCGUGCACCAAGCCGCUGUGGAACAUGUUCAAGCCGCCGCCCGCCCUGGAGUGCCGGCGCUGCCACAUCAAGUGCCACAAGGACCACAUGGACAAGAAGGAGGAGAUCAUCGCUCCGUGCAAAGUGAACUACGACGUGUCCUCGGCCAAGAACCUGCUGCUGCUGGCCUUGUCCCAGGAGGAGCAGCAGAAGUGGGUGAGCCGGCUGGUCAAGAAGAUUCCCAAGAAGCCUUUGCCGCCGGAGCACUUUGCGCGCUCCUCGCCGCGCGCCUCCAUGAAGGUCCAGCCCAGCCAGUCCGUGAGGAGGCCCAGUCGACAGCUGCCCACCAGCAAGAGCAGGUCAAAUGGCUUCAAAAUGAGGCAGGAGGAAUCCCUCAGUGGACUCUGGUACAAAUGACGACUCCUCCUCUUCCUUUGCCGAGACGUUUCCCUGCAAUGUGUGUACGUGUGCUUCCAAUC